CUUCCUGCUUCCCAUUGUGUAAUGUUUAACCUCGCGUGCACACUCAUUUGUGUGAGCUCCUAACAGAAUUUAAAAUAGUAUUUAAAUUAUAGGCGUAUGAGUGAUUUGCCUGCCAUCAGGACUAAAGAUUUGACUGGCAAACAGAGUCUGCUUAUGGAGAGUACCUCAAGGCCUCCGUCCUCCAUGCCUGCGUCCCCAGGCUUCACUCGACUGGAGCAGAAUGAGCCUAUGAACACCCUGCGUAUCUCUGUCGGAGGCCUCCCAAUGUUGGCUUCCAUGGCCAACACCACUGACCCUCGCUUCCGCCUUAAAUGGAAGCCCAUCGUGGCGGUGGCCGGCUCCCUGGCGCUGCUUCUGCUCUUCUUCAUGCACUUGAACUCGGGCUUGCGCUCCCACUCUUACGACUCGCACAGCUGGAGAGCCAAUCACGGCGAAGCCCAGCAGUCCAAUUCCCAUUAUAACGACACCUACCCUCUCAGUCCGCCUGAGCACACGCCGCAGGGCACCCGCUACCGUAUUGGGGUCAUUGCCGACCUGGACACAAACUCUCGUAGUGAGAGUAAGAAGCUGACGUGGUUCAGCUACAUGCGGCGGGGACACUUGUUGGUGUCCCAAAGUGGCGACAAGAUAGCAGUUGAAUGGGAUGCGGACAGGGUGGUGCUGGAAAGCCACCUGGCGGAGAAAGGGAGGGGGAUGGAACUGUCUGAGCUGGUGGUGUUCAACGGGAAGCUCUACAGCGUCGAUGACCGGACGGGCGUCGUAUACCACAUUGACGGUGACAAGAUUGUGCCCUGGGUCAUCUUACCUGAUGGCGACGGCAGCGUUGCCAAAGGAUUUAAAGCAGAGUGGCUGGCGGUUAAAGACAAGCACCUGUACGUUGGUGGUCUGGGGAAAGAGUGGACCACCACUGAAGGCGAGUUUGUAAACAACAACCCAGAGUGGGUGAAAGUCGUGGGCUUCAGAGGCGAUGUACAACAUGAGAACUGGGUUCCUAAGUACAAAUAUCUCAAGUCUGCUGCAGGAAUAGAGCCUCCAGGGUACCUCAUCCACGAGUCAGCAGCGUGGAGCGACACCCUGCAGCGCUGGUUUUUCCUCCCACGCCGCGCCAGCAAAGAGCGCUACGAGGAGACGGCAGACGAGCGUCGCGGCACAAACCUCGCCCUCAGCUGCUCUCCAGAUUUCAAGGACAUCAUCGUAAGUCGAGUGGGUCAGCUGAACCCCACUCACGGAUUCUCCUCCUUCAAGUUUGUCCCCAAUACAGAUGACCAGAUCAUCCUGGCGCUCAAGUCAGAGGAAGACGCUGGAAAAAUUGCUACGUACAUCAUGGCCUUCACACUCGACGGACGCAUUCUUUUACCUGAAACCAAGAUCGGGGACGUGAAAUACGAGGGCUUGGAGUUCAUCUAGACUGAGAGACUCGCUCUUGAGGCCACUGCACUGUUGUUGUUCUAUUUUGUUUACAAUUCAGUCACUGUUAAAGUUACUGUACUCGCUGCUUCCUCACUGACACACAACUCCAACCCGUAGCAGAUCACCUUCACUACAAACAGAAGAACUAAUGGCUGACACUGUAAAAUAUUGUCCCGUUUUGGGUUUUGAGAAAGUGCCAGUCAACUUAAGCAAAGCCAGCAUGUCUGGUGGGUGUUUCAUCUCUUUCCCAGGACAAAUGUGGCCCUCAACAGUACUGUAGCCUUUCUUAUAAUGAAUGUACACAAUAUUGAUUCAUCAGACUGUGAUUUCUUUUUCCUGUACAUUUUCAUGCACACACUGUACACUCUCAAAUGGUCAGAGGUUUUUUUCCCCCUUUGUUCCGUGUCAAACAUCAUUCAAUACACACCAAACAUGCUAUCUACAGUGGACAAAUGGCCUGUUUUUAUUCUUCAUAAAGCUCAAUAUUUGAAGGACAAUUUGGUGAAAAAAUGAUUUAUGUGAUGCUUUUGGUGGGAUGACUUGAGUAAAAAAUUUGAUUCCUA